UAUUUCUUAUUUCUUCUUAUUUCUUUUGUGGCUUUGUUCUACCUUAAGUUAUUUUCUAGUAUUACAUUUUGAUUGAUUAUUGCAUUGUAGGGUUUUGAUUUGGCAAGAAAGGCAUUUCACUGUACUUGUGCAUGUGACAUAAAUAAUGUACAUGUGAAACUUGAAGGGUUAUAAAUACUAGGAUACACCUGCUCUGCUCAAAGGAAAGCGGGUUCGUCUUCUGUAUUAGAGAUUUUGCUAUUUACAACAGCUGGAUAUUAUGUGUCAUUUUGUUUGGUCAACAAUGUGGACACCUACGAUCGCUUUGCUUUUCAUGUGUUCUCAUUGUUUUGUGCGCAGCCUCGACUCCAAUGUAAUCGGAUCCUCUAAAGAAGCGAUGGAUCCAUUGGAACAGAUUGAAUUAGGCCAAUGCUUUUCUUCGUAAUACAGUUGGACCCGCACAGUGGAACGGUGUAUGUAAAGAAUAAUGUGAACACACGUCGCAGGGCAAAUACAUAUUCUCCUCGCCAUCACAGGCCAGCUUUUCCUGAUCAAGAACGCAGUCUGUCAACGAGAAAUACCUGCAAUGGAUCUCAGAAAAAUAACCAGAGUAAAGAAAUAGAGGCUCUUGAUGAUGACGACAACUCAAGGAAAGUUGCAGAGAAGGCCACAUGCAUGCGCUCUGGAGACUGUGAGGCAGGACUGUGCUGCGUCCGCUAUUUAAAAGGGAAAAGAUGUCAACCCAUCCCAAAGGAGGGAGAUACCUGCCUCCUGCGAGGAGGACACUCUAAAAAGCGGAGGAAUCUUAUUCGCUGCAACUGUGCACCCGGGCUAAUCUGUCGUGCCCAUGCUGAAAGCCCCAAAAACCAAGGAGUUUGUCAACCUAAACUGAGAGAGAAUGGGAGGAGUGCUAGAGACACUCAGGCAAGAGAGAAGAUGUAGAUGACUCAAGCCUUUCUUUCACUCAAUAAACUACUUUUGUAACAUUCUUUGUUUAAAAUGUUAAAGGUUAAAAGCAAUGUAGGCUUUUGUAAAUGUAUAUUUCAUUCCAUACAAGCUCUGGUGGUCUA